AAGUAGUCGUCUUGAUUCAGAUAAUUCAUAAAUUAUUGUUCAAGGAUUUGAUUUUUGUGAAAAUCGAGAGGACUCAACACCUAAAAUAGGUCAAGAAUUGUUGCUCUUAAGGGAUAUACUGGCUAACUGCCCUGUAUUUUGCCUUCAAUUUUCGAUAAUACUAUGUCUUAUUCUGUUUUUCAUGGGAUAUCUCGCUUACUUGGAAGAUCAUCGCAACUCGUAGGAUCACUUUUAUCUAAAUCUGUUCGGGCUAAACCACUAUCAAAUUUUCCUAACUUUAAAGUUAUUGACGGCAAUGUUGAUAGAAAUAGUCCAGCGUUUUUGUCAAAGCAAACUCAACAAACUGAGAUUCUCAAAUCGUUUGAGGAAUAUACGAACAUGGCGUUGCUUGGUGGUGGUGAAAAAGCCAUUGAACGGCACACGAAGAGGAACAAAAAGCUGUUAGUUCGAGAGAGACUCAGUAAACUGUUGGAUGACGGAACUGACUUGCUAGAGUUCUCCCAAUUUGCUGGACUUGAUCUUGAGUAUGGUAACGUGCCCUGCGCCGGGGUAGUUACAGGGAUUGGACAGAUUGCAGGACAGUUGUGUGUUAUUAUUGCCAAUGAUGCAACAGUGAAAGGUGGAACUAUUUAUCCUAUUGCAGUUAAGAAGCAACUCAGGGCUCAAGAGAUAGCAGAAGUGAACAAGCUUCCUUGUAUUUUUCUUAUAGAUUCAGGAGGAGCAUUUCUUCCAUUACAGGCUGACAUAUUUCCAGAAACUGGUGGGCGGGUGUUUUAUAAUGAGGCUGUGAUGUCAAUGAAUGCUGUUCCAACUAUUUGUGUGGUGUGUGGAUCGUGUACUGCCGGUGCUGCAUAUGUACCCACAAUGGCUGAUGAAGCUGUUAUUGUAGAUAAAAUUGGUACAAUCUUCCUAGGUGGCCCUCCUUUGGUUAAGGCUGCCACCGGGGAAGUUGUCAGUGCAGAGGAACUAGGCGGAGCUUUGAUGCACUCCAGUGUCAGUGGAUGUACAGAUCAUUUUGAAGCUGAUGAAGAAAGUGCUAUGGAAACAACAAGAAGUAUUGUUGCAACACUAAAUAGAGAGCAGUGGGUUACUUCACCAGAUGUACAAGCUCCUUUGUUUGACUGUGAUGAUCUUUUAACACUUGCAUUACAUGACAGUACACAAUUUCCUAUCUAUGAGAUAUUGGCAAGACUUGUUGAUGGAAGCCAGUUCCAGGAGUUUAAAACCAGAUUUGGACCAGAAAUAAUCACAGGAUUUGCUCGCGUUCAUGGAGGAAUUGUGGGUUGUGUGGCUAACGCUCGAAACGUAACAUCUCAAGCGUCCUUGAAGGGCACGCAUUUUGUGGAGUUGUGUUGUCAGCGGAACAUUCCUCUCUUGUUCCUUCAAAACAUUGUUCCCCAAACUCCCGCCACUUCGUCCGCAGAGAACAGCGCCUGUUUGAUCAAAGAUCAAGCAAAGAUGAUGUCAGCAGUAGCCUGUGCUCAGGUUCCAAAGAUUACAGUUAUCAUGAAGGGCAGUUACGGACCAAGCAGUUAUGCAAUGUGUGGUCGUUCUUUUGAUCCGCAUUUCUUAUAUACAUGGUCCACUGCUCGAGUUGCGAUGGAUACAGUCGAGGACAUGGUUUCCAUGUGUUGUGCUGAGCAUGAUACAGACGACGACAGUUUGGACGAAGAGAAACUCGUGGCAUUGAAGGAGAAGCUCAGCAAGAAGUUUGAGAAGGAAUCACAAGGUUACUACGGAAGUGCUCGUCUGUGGGAUGAUGGUGUUAUUCUACCUCAAGACACAAGAAAGGUCCUGGGUCAGAGUUUACGCGCGGCGCUCUCCUCAUUCCCUCGCGGACAACGCAGCAAUUUUGGCGUCUUUAGAAUGUGAUACUAAAUUC